GAUGUAUGUCCCUGUUCGCGCCAGAUGGUUUCGCUAAGUUUACGAACUAAGUAGAUAGAAGUCGAAAUUUCCCUUUGGAUUUGAACUAGUGAUAAAGACUAAAAUAAAUUAUAUUGUAGUUUAUUUUACAUAUAGAUCAAAAGUGAAUUAAUUUAGUUAUUUAACUAUAAUAAAAAAAUAGUAAAAACUGCAAUAAAUACGCACUUUUUGUCUAUUCAUAAUCAUAUUAUGUGAAUAUUAUGUAAAUGUGUAGUUUUUGGUUUCGUAAAAAAAUGCUGUAGGACCUAUCUAAUUAGAGUUGACAAAAAGAAAAGCAAAAGAAAAUCCAAAGAAUCCAUUACAAAAUUAUAGUGAACAUUAGAAAAAAAACUAUUCAACUUUCCGUGGCUGUCGAUCGUAAAGAUACAAUCUAUUCCAACAAAAAAAAAGGAAAAUGUAGUAAAGAAAAGUUUUCAUAGCGUGAGCGAUGGAAGUUCUUUUGAAUUUUAAAUUUUGAAUUUCGAACGAUGUCUUCGGAGUUGUCAUUGGACGGACGCGAUAGGCCGAAUGUGUUUCGACGGGUACUUUCUUUGUGUGUGAGAGUAGUUUGUUCCCAAGUAGGUUUAGUUGUGUUAGUGGUGAUAUACGUACUGCUUGGUGCUUUGCUAUUUGAAUACUUGGAGUCGGGGCCGGAGGUGCAAAAACGAUCGGCGAUACAGCGGUCGAGGGAAGAAUGCCUGAGGGAACUGUGGGCAAUCACAGAACGCCUUAACGUUCUCUACGAACGUAAUUGGACGAGACUGGUCCACGAACAGCUGCGAAAGUUCGAGUCUUCAAUCGUGGCAGCCGCGAGGCAAACGGACGCACAACCAGCCGAGCUGAUCGACACUAAGUGGACGUUCUCUGGCGCCCUCAUAUAUUGCAUUACCCUCAUUACCACCAUAGGAUAUGGCAACGUUUCACCUCGCACUGCAGCAGGGAGAGCCGCUACAGUGGCGUACGCAGCGGCUGGCGUGCCAUUGACUUUGGCUUGCCUAGCAGGCCUUGGCGCGUCACUGGCACGACUGGCUAGACUAGCGUGGCUGCGUGCUACUAAGAAUAAAGUGCCUAACACUUGGAGGAAAGACGGUGAGUUGGAGAAUCACUUUCAACUGCACGAACAACAACGUCUCCUACCACAACCCACGGAGCAUAACCAGUACACAUCGUUUCCCCCCCGGGCUCACAGGUCCCCUGGUACCGUGAAGGCGAGGGCUGGAGACAGGGGACAGUACUCCCAGGUGUUUGAGAAAGUACCCACAAGUCCUCGGGCUGCUACUAUGGGACGGAUGAAGCGUAGUACCUUGACUGAUGAACCGCAAACGUCGUCAGCCCUCCAAACACAAACGCUGGAUCGCAAGAAAACAAUGAGCAACAUGAAGUGCCUAGCCACGGUGCACGGGCCGGUGCGAGGCAGAGGGCGAGGCACGAUACAGAGGCCGCGAGGGCCGGCCAUUGAGCAGCUCAUCGCUGAGGAGUGCGGCGAGAUGUACCUCAACAGGAGCCAGGAGGAGCUGGAUGAUUCAGAGGAUCCUGAGGAAGGGAUAUGUCCUCACGACACACCAUCAAGAGUGCCUUUGAUAUGGAACGAAGAGAACCACAAGAUGAAGAGUUGUGCAGUCCCCAGCAGCAGUGCUUCCACGAGCGUGCAGCAUCCAAACCACAGCCUCGAACACUGCCACAUACCAGUUGGCAUUGUCUUGUUCCUCCUUAUAGGAUACAUUUGCGUUGGUGCCGCAAUUUUCUCCGCUUGGGAGAACUGGAGUUUCCUUGACGCCGCUUACUUUUGCUUUAUCGCAUUAGCCACCAUCGGCUUCGGUGAUUUUGUACCAACAAGUUUCCUAACUAUGAAGCAAAGUGAGAGUUCAAAAAGUGAAUAUAUACAGAUGAUUGCGUGUUGUGCUUAUCUUGUAUUUGGACUUAUAUUGAUAGCAAUGGCCUUCAGCCUUCUUCAAGACGAAGUUGUAGCUCGAUGUACUCAGUUAGCCCAUACUCUAGGUCUCACACGUCAAUGACAAUACGAGAAGAGCGAUUGCAGCUCAACAGAUAAUCAUCUAAGGAUGUUAUGAUUGUUGUUGUAAGGAGUUACUCAGGAUCCAUACUUCCCGGAUCCACUCUGUACUUCUUAUCAUUACUUGUAUCACAUGUUAUCAUUGUAUAGACAAAUAUUAUUUUCUCAUAUCUGUGUAAGAAAGUCAAAUGGUGAAUUUGAAAGUUUUUAUGGAAUUUGUACUUAAAGCAAGAGUUUUGCGAUGUAAAUAGUGUAAAAAUUUAUUUAUAAAAGCAAGGCUGAAACUGUAAUGAAACAAUAAAAUUGUGUGAAUUGUAA